AUGGAUAAACAAGUGUGUGAAAUGUUUAAGAAUGUAACGAUGGAUUUAGAAUAUGAUCCGAAUACUAAAAAUUAUAAAUUUAAAGAUGAAGUUUCCCAAAAGUACUGUACUGAUGUAAAUUGUGAUGACGAUAUCAAUAAAAUUAAUGCUGUAUGUUUAUUUUUGUUUAAUGAACUCUUUGGGAGUUCUGACUCGUUUAAUUCUGUUGCAAAAGGAAACACCAAUAUUGUUGAUUACAUUUUGAUAUGGUUAAAAUAUAUGUUAAACUUUAAAAGAAUAAACGAAAACGACAGUAUAGAGUCUUUUUAUGAAAUGUAUAUAAAUAAAGAUAAUAAGUAUAAUAAGAGAAUAGAAGGUGUUAGUGGUUAUCAGAAUUAUAAGGAUCUUAUAGAUAAAAAACAAAAUUUGAUGAGUAUUGAUAUUAAAGAUAUGUCUAAAUUUUAUCAUGCAUUUGUAUUAUUAUGUGAGAUUUGUAUUGAGGUUAAUGAAAAACACACAAAUUGCAAUAUAUUUUCGAAACUAGCUAAUGAAUUUGCUAAAAAAUAUGAUGAACUUAAUGAAGAUUAUAAUAUUGGUAAAGACAGCCCCUAUAAUCAAUUAUUAUCUACAUUAUCAAAUGAUUAUAAUAAUUUAAAAAAUGUAUGUAAUGAUUUUCCAUCACUUCCAACAUAUUCACGAAGAUUAGUAAUAAAAAAGACACUAGUUCCAAUUGCAUUUAUAUUUGUUGCAGUAUCAAUUUUCUUGGGAAUUGCAUAUAAGUAUUCAUUAUUUGGAUUUCGGAAACGAUUUCAAAAACAAAAAUUAAGAGAAAAAAUAAAAAAUAUAAUGAAGAAAAUGAUUCAUUAA